GGGCAGGGCCGCGCCGGGCCGGGCCGAGCCGAAGGGAGCGGAGCGGAGCGGGGCCCGGCUGCUCCGCCGCCACCCUCGGCGCCGCCCUGGAGCACAGAUAAGGAAGCAAAGCAUAUUGAAGCCAUAUGGCAGCUCGAGAGAAUAGCCCUGUGUUUAAAAUGGAAGUGGACAUAAACGGAGAGUCCAGAAGUGCAAUAUCUGCCCUCCCGGUGCCUCUGGCAGAGGUGAGCGCUGUGGGCAGGAUGGAAGCCGAGAAGCCCCGGUGCUCCAGUACACCCUGCUCACCCAUGCGACGGACGGUUUCGGGGUAUCAGAUCCUCCACAUGGAUUCGAACUACCUGGUUGGCUUCACCACUGGAGAGGAGCUGCUGAAAUUAGCCCAGAAGCGUACAGGAAACGAAGAGAAUAAAGGGGAAUCUGGGCCUAACUUGCGCUCCAAACAGCUUGAUUCGGGACUCGCGCGUUCCUCCCGCUUGUACAAAGCCAGAAGUAGGUACUAUCAGCCAUACGAGAUCCCAGCCAUCAACGGGAAGAGGAGGAGGCGGAUGCCCAGCUCAGGGGAUAAAUGCACUAAGGCUUUACCAUAUGAACCCUACAAGGCGCUUCAUGGUCCUCUGCCUCUUUGCCUUUUAAAAGGUAAAAGGGCUCACUCAAAAUCUCUGGACUACCUCAAUUUAGACAAAAUGAGCAUUAAGGAACCUGCUGACACAGAAGUGCUACAAUACCAGCUCCAACACCUUACCCUUAGAGGGGACCGUAUGUUUGCGAGAAACAACACAUGAGCUGUCAUCUCAAACUUAGAGCCAAUUUCUGAUCAUUGUUCUGUUGCUGCAAAAAUCCACUGUUGUACUGUGUACACGACUGUCCACAUUGUAGGUGGUUGUGUCAGCUAAAUGUUAACAGAAAGAAGUUUAUUUGAAUGCAGUCUCGACAAUGCAAUGUGUUAGAAGUACUCGGAGGGAGAAAUCUUUCCUGAGGAAGCAGCUUCUAAUGCAAACUUGAGUGCAACUGCUGGAUAUUUCUCUGGACAUCUUCUAACAACAAAAAUUUUAAAAAGGCUUUUGUUUUUUUUGGGGGGAUUGGGAUUUAUUUUUUUUGUGCAGUUAGAUCUAGUGUUUACAAUAAUUUAACACUGAAAAAUUGGUGAUGUCUGCUUGGUUGUUGCUAAUUUUGGCUUGAUGUUAGAAACUUCUCUUGGAUAAGUACCCAAAUUUUGGGGGCAUUUUGGUUUCUACUUUUUGUUACUGUAUUCUACAGUAAAAUGUAUGUAUGGUUUAGUUUUUUUUCAUUGUUGAAAGGAAUAUGAGCUUGGAUAAAUUGGAUCACCUGUUAUUUAAACAGUCUAGUUUUGAAACUGGGCUUUCACUGCUGAUGAGGGGGAGAUCUACGCAUAAAAUAAACCUUAGUUAAUUUGCUACUUUAAUCCUAUUAAAUUAUUUUUUUUUAGUUCCUGCAUGGAAGUAAGUGCUUUGUCUCCUCUGUUCUAUAAUUUUUUUCAGGUUACAUACAUGGGAUCUUAAAAAAAAAAAUCUUUUUGGGGAUGAAGAGUUUUUGUUAGUGGAAUUUAUUUUUUACAUCAUCUGGACACCUAAUGAAGGAUUCACUUUAGAUUCCAGUAGAUACACUGGAAUGUCUGCAUUGGUGUGUCAAUAAUGUUUUAAUUCUAAAUCAUGAGUUCUAUAACAUAUGUUAAUAGAAGGUGUGAAAUAACUGUCAUUGCUUUGAAGAAUUAGUUGAAGAACUGAACUCUUCUAUUGAGAUUUGUAAAGCAGAUUAUUUUUUUCUGAUGGAGUGCAAGUGAAGUAUUUCUGUGUCAGCCUUGAAGAGAUGAUCCUGGAUUAUUCAGAGUAGAUUGAAUACACUGGCUUACUUUGUUGCUUAGGAAAUUUUUAUCCAAACAUGACAUCAAAAGCAGUUUUGACAGCUGUAUUCCUAGAUGUAUUUAAAACAUUUUAGUAACUUAUGUUUGAAGAUGGAAAAUAGUCUUUAGGCUUUUUUUAGGUGCAGUCUAUUACUGAAGCAGUGUGUGACUUGGUUUUGGUUGAUUACCUCUGUAGAAGUUAAAAUUAAGAUCACAUUAUUUUGAAACAUAACUUAUUUGAUCGCUUGUUUCUGGUACAACGCCUUUUAAAAAAAAAAACUUUCUUUUGUUGUUCAGAAUGAAUAGGAAGCACUAGUUGGUGCAUGUGCUGUGGAAAAUGAAGAGUUCUUCUCAUUCUGACAGUUAACUCCAUGGCUGUAAAUGAAGGCAGCCUGGUUAUCUGCAUUUUACUAGUUUGGGUUUUCUUUUUUAGACUUACUAGAAUUUUUGCAACAACUGAUGUGUAUUUUUAAAAGUUAACUAUGCUUCUGCAAACUUAAUGUAUUGAAUAAUGAUCUCUUCCUAUAUAGUCUUUAGUUUGAAAAACAGAAUAUGGUCAGAUGCCAAAGAGAUGGGGAUAUUGUUUAAGAAAUAACCACCACUAUUUAUUGAAAUAACAUAUAAAACUGUAUUUCUGGCUGAAAAAAAAUAAAAAGUGUGAUAAAUACCUAUUGUUGUAGAGUCUUUUGCUAUGUAGGGGAAUUAGGACAUUUAAAAAUACAACUUUAGUCAAAUAAUUUGCAAACACAACUAUAAAGCAGGAAGCUUCGAUUUCUGUGAAAUUAAUUCUUAGGAUUAUGUUUCAGGAAAUAAGACAUGCUAUUAUUAAUGAUUUGAUUAUGUUUCCAAUGAGGUCCCAUGUCAUAAUUGUAUAGCUGUAUUAAUAGGCUGCUGGCUGGUCUGUUUUGCCAAGUUCAAACAUAAAAUAUGUUAGUUUUUUUUAUCUAUUCUAUGACUUGCUUGUCAGAGUACUCACAUGUGCCAAUAUUGUUUGCUUGACUGAUACAUGUGUGCAGUUUUCCUAGGGUGUUAGCAUUUGAGAGCCUGAAGUUUUGGUCUUAUUUUGCUGUUUCUAGUAUCUUCCAUUAGUCUGUUAAAAUCAGAGAUGAGAUUGUUUCUGGCUAUUAAAAUUAAUAUGAACAAUAUUAAUAUGAUGUUUUCAAAGUGAGAUCUUCACUACCUGUUGUGAGGACAGAGUUGUCAGUAUUCUUAGAAUU